AUUGUAACUUCGGCGCUCCUUGGAUUCGAAAUUAAAGAAAAAAAACCGACCGAAAAAACACUAUCGACUCAUGAUGUCGGCCCAUCCCGGGAGGAAUCAGUACGAUUACGAGGAACGAAACCAGAGGAUUCGACACCGAAGUGGACCCGCAACUACCAGAGGACCUGCUGACUCCACGGUCGCUUGCUCCAGCACACAGUAUUACGUAAGUCCUAACAGCGACAUCAGUGAGGAAGACCUUUCCGAGCUUCCAUCUUGCGUUUACGCAGGAAGAUCCUCGUCGCAACAACAGCAACAGCAACAGCAACAACAACAGCACGUGGUUCACCCUGGUCCAGGACACCAGCAGCAUAACCACGCACAUUCUCACACCCACUCGCCUCUCCAUUAUCACAUGCCCGUCCAGUCUAGUGCAGACCACAAUGAUGCCGAGAUGAACGGAAUGACGAAUAUGAACGGCAUAAACGGGAUCAACGGAAUGAGUCCGAUGAACGGCGGAGUCGAGGAGGGUUACUACCCAAACGGAAGUCCGUACAGAAUCCAGAGGCACGCAGCGAACAUCCGGGAGCGAAAGCGGAUGCUCAGCAGCAUCAACUCGGCUUUCGACGAGCUGAGAGUUCACGUGCCAACGUUUCCCUACGAGAAAAGGCUGUCAAAAAUCGACACCCUCCGCCUCGCCAUCGCCUACAUCGCUCUUCUCAGGGAAGUUCUUGCCGCCAGACUCGAUCCCCUCACAUACGUCGAACGGUGUCUCCGAGGCGAGAUAAGUGGCGAACGUGCAGAAUGGAACACCAGUGAUUUGACGGCGCGGCUGUCUUGGAUAAAUUGGGAGAACCUUGGUGUUAAUCCAAAUCGUCGUUCUGUACUGACGACGCUUGCACUCACCGCAGACAAUAUGAACUGAAUUAUAAAUCUACGUGGCAUAAUGAAGGGAAACUAUGAUAAUCACGUAACAUUAGCUAUGUAGCCGUAAUUUAUUUGUUGUAAAUAAUAUUUUUCUGAUGUAAGCAUUGCGUAGUUAGUUCGUAACUUUAUAGUAAUUACGUACAUAACUAAAUUAAAGAACACUGUUAUAUCUAUAAUUAAUUUUACGCGCAGCUAGGAAUUUAAGAUUCGAAGUGUUCAACGUAUUAUACCUAUACCUACAUAUGUAUACAUUUUGAAAAGAUCGUACGUGCAGAGAUUUCAGGCCAUGUGCAAUAUUGUACUUAUAGUAUGUAUAAAUGGCGGUAAAACUAAUCUUAAAUUUAUUUAUACGUUAUACAAAUAUCGUAUUCAAAAUGAUACUGCACG